GCUUAUGACCACUUGCCAGGCACAUCAAUCAUUCAAUCAACCAUCCUCCAGUGUUGAGGUCUGAUUGUCUCAUGUAUCUCCUAUAGUGAGAGACCAACUUCUGUAGGAGGUACUAAUAUAUAUGACCAACUGUAGGAGGUACUAAUAUAGCAGAAGAUAUUUCUACUAUAGAACAUACUUCUUCUACGCAUAGAGCAUCUAGAGCUUUUUCAACCUAGAGCUAAAUCUCCUCCAGAAUGGAUCACGGUCGGGCUUUUCCGGUCACAGCGUUCGAUCGGGCGCACGUAGAGGGAGUCAACCUCUACGCGCGACCACCUGCGCCAUCACUUGAGCUACGCAGAGCAAGCACACCACAAGUAUCAUAUUUCGUCUUAUCCUGCUGUUUCGUCUGCGUCUGUCGUGUUUCGCCCCUGUUGAUGAGCUAAUUGCUAGGCUAAGCAAAUUGAAAUAAUUGAGACUUGUUCCACUGCUGUGUCAUUGAUUUUCUUGUACUCGGGUCUCAGAGUCGGAGUAGACCUAGCCGCGGUCUCAGGGUAGGUAAACCUCGUACAUUUCUUUCCUUUCUUACAAGGCCUGAACCGUCUUGAACCUUCAUCCUCAACCUUCAUCCUCCAGGUCGAUAUCGCAUGGAACGCCCGACUAACAAGGAUAGAAUACAAGGCAUCGAAGAGCAGCCUGACGAGACCUAGCAGUCGACAGAGUGACACCUUCACAGCAGAGGGACGACCACCAUGGAGCUUUCAGUUCAAAUUACGGAAAUGAUCUAUUCGAAAACUCAAAAUAAGCGAGUUGCUGACUGAAAUAAGAGGGUCUUGACUACUUACUAGUACACUCCUCUUCUUUCAGUAUCUCCCUUAUUUUCAAUAGUUACUCGGUUACUUCAAUUUAAUAUCGAUUACUUCUACCCGAAGAUACUUCUCCUUCUUGGUUCGACUUCUUUCCUCUAAUCUCAGCGAGUCAAACCAAGGAGAAGUAUCUUCGGGUAGAAGUAAUCGAUAAACUGAAAUAAUCUACUUCUAUUAAGGCUACAGUAAAUGCAUCUUCCCUGGCAUCUUGGUCCCGUUUCUCAAGGGAAAACGGGAACCAGGAUGCUCACCAAGAUGGAUUUAUGCUAGGUCUAGUUCUACCCGAAGAUACUUCUCCUUGGUUUGACUUCUUUCCUCUAAUUUCAGCGAGUCAAACCAACUCGGCACCAGCGAGUCAGGGAUCCUCAUGGACAGGUGGAGGCGCAUUUCAUGGGAGCAGCGGCGCAUCGAUAGGCAAGGCAGUGCCAGACGCAUUUGUAUUCACAUUCAGUCUUAUCUUAUUUAUUGUUAUAUUUAGGGAGGUAUAUGUUUUUUGACUAUCUAAGGUAAGCAUAUUAUAGGAGGGUAGUUUUAGAUUCAUUUGUAUUCAGUUUUAUCUUAUAUAGGUUAGAUUGUUAUUCAUUUGUUCAAGAAUAUCACUGUGGUAAAAUACGAUAAUCAUGGAGGAAGACAAGUAAUGAGACUUAAGAUUUUCAGGACAAACAAUAGUAAAAAUAUUAUUCUGUUGUCACACACGUCUUGUUCCAUUAAAACAGGGCGAGCUCCAUCGGAGAAUGCGAGAGAAGAAGGAAAUUUACACCCCAUGGUACCUGAGGACGAACCAGCGUAGUGGUCAGAAGCUCGCCAGCAAGGAACGAACUAAGGGCCUCUACUCCUCUGCAUCCUCGGAUCUGUUGUGGAGAUACUAGAUCUAUUGUGGAGAUGAUACUAGAUGGCUCUGUACUAGCGUUUGACUUUGAACUCAUCAAAUCCAGAGUAUGGAGCUCAAGGAAUUCUUGUCCAUAGGGGUACUACAUGACUAGAGCCGGACUAUUUUUCUUGUACUGAAUUUCAUCAUCAACAUUUAUUACAGCUCUGUUAGUUUGUACUAUGUGCAUCAAUGUUUGGAUUGCUUCAUUUUUCGGGAAAAAUAGAACUGUUAUCGUUAGUGUGCUGUGACCAUCAUAUAAUGUAACAAAAAAUGUAAAAAACUUCUGCGUUAGCGCAUGAGGAUUUGGUUCUUAUUAUUAUCGUUUAGGGUCGUCUUGUACUUAAAUUGCUGGCAGCACGACGGAACCCCUCAGAUGAUUACUGGUGGGAGGAGUGGGGGGUCGGUGCGUAGCUCAUUGGGAAACCUGUAUCUGCAAACUGUAUCUUUUUUUGUGACUAAGAAAGUCGUAGGUCAAAUCCGAAUCAAGACGCUAAUUAUGAAGAACUGAAUGAAUUGCAGAGUCCGAGUUCUGGCUACUGGAGAAGGUCCACCAUGUGGAUCUCCUGUGACAGACAGUGAUAAAAGACGUGCCUAACCGUCACUCAGAUCUCCUGUGACAGGUCAGAUCACUCUAAAUUCAAGCAAGUAGAUCUAGACUUCACCACUCAAGAGACAGGACGGCAAAGAAGGGCAAAAUUAAGGGAACUUCUAGAAGGGGUUGUUGCAAUAGUUCCCCAUCAAGAAAAGGUCAGCGUCGAAUAUUCCA